AUGCCUACGAGUCAGUACCAUCGCGCAGGUAAGCCGAUCGGCUACUUUGCCGCGCGCAACACAAUCUAUCAGAAAAAACUUCUCUCUGGCAAGCUUGCCGUAUUCUGUUUCUUGAUUCUUCCGGUGCUGAUCGUUCUCAACCUAGUGAUCAUCUUGCUCCCAGUCCUCCUGGCUGUGGCGAAUCACACGCUUAGCGUGUCGGUGAUGCAUAUCUACGCAUCGAACAUCACGCAGCCACAAGAGACCCAAUUUCCGCUUACACUCGAGGGUCAAGUCAAUAAGGCAGGCGUGUUCCCUGCGACACUGUUCUUCCGCGAGGACGUUCAGGUAAAGUGGAUGACGCCUCCAUCCGAGACCGAGGAGAUGCGCGAAGUGAUCCUCGGUCACUUUGGUUUGGCCCAGAUUGGUAUCGCCGCCGGACACGGCCGUAUCAAGCAGGCAACGACGUUCCACAUCAACGAUCCACACAUGUUUGGCAUUUUCACUCAGUACAUGAUCAACAACGAGGAAUUCACCUGGCGUCUCGUUUGUGAUAAUGUACAUGUGGAAGCAUUUUCGUUUUUGCCGACAUACGAGAAUGUGCGGCUGACAAAGGACGUGGUGUUUAAGGGUAUCAACAACUUUAAGGAUGUCAAGAUCCUAGACUUUCAGCUGCCUAGUGCGGAUCCUGAAGGUGGACUGUCAUUCUAUGCCAAGACCUCACUCACAAACCCAUCGCCGUUCGGCUUCCAGCUGGGCAAACUUAAUGUCAAUCUAAUCAGCAACGGUAUUAUGCUCGGACCUGGUUAUUCGCUUAAUGUUAAUGUCACACCGGGUAUCAACAUUAUCGACUUACAAGGCCGCCUCAUCCCGCACAGCGAAAACACGACAGAGCUCAACAUUAUCGGAAAAAUUUUUACCCAGUUCAUUAAUGGUGAAAUUACGCCGACGAUUGCUCAGGGUGUGAGUGUCGUUGCCAUGGAGGGCCAAAGCCCUUCGUGGCUUACGAUGGGUAUCCAAUCGUUGAACAUGUAUGUGCCAUUCCAGGCGCCGUAUCCGAUCAACCCGAUCAAGAGCAUUACUAUCAAGCAGUUUAAUCUGACGUAUGAUGAGGAUACGGAGCCGUACUCGCCGACGUCUUCGUCGGAUAGUCUGAGCGCAGUGCUUGCACUGCCGUUCGGAUUUCCGCUCAACAUUCUGUCGACUCGGAAUGACAUUGAUAUCAUGGACCCGACGGGUUCACAUAAGAUUGCGCAUGUGUCGGGCGCGUACUCGAACUCGGCAACGCAGUUGGAUAUUGUGGCAUCGGGCCAGAUGGCGGGCACGCUGUACAUUACACUGAAGCCGUCGCCGACGUACAUGCCGAAUCAGACGGAUGCGGCGAAGCGCGAGUUUGAGUUGUUCCAAAAGACGUUUACAUUUUCGGCAGAGGAUCCGCUGGUUUUGGCGGGCUCUUCGUCAGCGCUGACGGAUACGCCGAUUGGACGUAUUCUGCUGGACGGUAUUCAGUUCAAGGUGGGCAGUGGUCUGAUGGGUCUUCAAGGUCUGAACCAUUAUCCAACGACUAUUAAUGGUGUGGACGUGAUUGGUGGCACGCGUGACGGCCUUAAGCUGGCUGUGAAUACCACGAUCAUCAACCCGUCGAACGUGAACUUGGCCGUGGGCACGACCAAACUCUUGUUCAUCUACACGGAUGUGGUGGGUGAUGUGGAGCUGGACAACCUGAACUUGGUGAUUGGCGAAAACAACCUGUCGACGAUCUCAAACUUUAAUCCAAAGGUGAGCCCUAAUGGAUACGAGCUGUUGAACCGUUACAUCAGUGGCCUUGACUCGCCGGUGAAUAUUUCGGGUUACGAGGGCUCUACGGCAGUUCAGUCUCUGGUACCUGCGUUCUCUGCUGUUCGUGUGAACACCACGCUGGGCGGCCUCAAAACCCAGCUCGUUGGCCAGGCCCAGCUGAAGGUACUCAACACGACCGGUAUCCAGGAUGAUGUGGCACACUCGAUUGUGAGUCUCAACAACCCUUUCUCGUCAGGUCUCAAGAUUACCAACAUCAAGACCAAUGUCACAUCGCAUGGUCUUUUUGUCGCGAGCAUUGACACCGAUCUCGACUUUUCGGCGGGCGGAAAGGCAACGACGAACUCGCCUGAUAUCCCGCUGCACCUUAACCUGUACCCACCGGACAUUUUUGCACUAGUGCGUGCUUUGGCAGUGCAGUCAGGCCAAGAUGUGAAGCAGUUCGACGGUGUUGUCGAGCUUGCAGGUUAUACCUACUCGAAGACGACGGAUGCAAACAACAACAUCAAGCCGUCGAAGCGUUCGCUCCGCGAGGAGGAGCUUGAGACUGAGCUUGAUGCUGAGAUGAUGCAGACACAUCUUCUCUCGAAGCGCAAGACAAACAUGUACACCGGCUUUAACCUGGUGAACUUUGUGCAAAAGGCUUUCUCGGUGGCGUCGGCGAACCUGGAGAUUGUGUCCAUGACGCAGAUCGGCGACUACGAGUCGGCGCUCACUUUCUCGCAGCAGAACGUGCCGCUGAAGACGGACGACUCGCUGAACCUGCUUCUCCCUGUCCUGUCUAAGCCGAUUGUGCAAAAGAUUAUUGAUGGCGCGACGCUUGGCAUUGACAAGAUCACGAUUAUUGAUCCGCAGCUGAAGUCGUUCAAGACGCAGCUGGUCGGUUCGAUUACGAACUCAGGUCCUUUCGAUGCCAAGAUUUCGUUCCCUCAAGGUCUGCAAGUGUCGUGGAACAACAAAGUUCUGGGUCAGAUUGCCAUGCCGCAGAUCAGCCUUGCGGCGGACGAGGGUGCUCAGCUGAACCUCGAGGCCGACUUUGCCGUCGCCGACGUCGAUGCGCUGACCGAGUUUACCAAGUUCCUUGUGACGCAACCGAGUUUCGUGUGGCAGAUUGCCGGCCAAGGCCUACAGGUUGAUGCACUGGGUAUCUCGGUGGGCGGUAUGACUAUCAACAAAGGUGUCAUUUUGACGGGUAUGAAUAAUCUGAAGAAUGCUGUGACUGUGCAGAAGUAUGACCUGCCAAGCAACGACCCUGCUGGCGGUAUCCACCUUACAGCGCAGUCGGUGAUCACGAACCCGUCGCAGAUCGGUGUUCAGCUGUCGCGUUUCGGUACGAUGGUCUACCGCAAUGGCACGAACCUUGGUCCGACGGCCGCAGCUGGCCCAUUCACGCUGCUCCCCCUUUCCAAGACGAAUCUGCCGCUUGCUGGUCGCCUGCAGCACCAAGACAGCACCCAGGGUCUUGCGACGCUCUCGCAGACCUUCACGGAUGUGGUCCACGGCAAAGAGAUCCCUGUUGAAAUUCGCGGUGACUAUGCCGGCCCGUCGAGUGUGACUUGGCUAAACGAGGGUAUCAAGCUCCUCGUCGUCCAAACCAAGCUUCCUGCUGUACACUUCAGCGUUAUCAGGGCGAUUUCGCUCAACCAAAUGACGCUGAUGUUUACGGAGAAGACAGCUUGGAACCCUGCAACGAGUUCGUCCAACACCCAGGCGCCGUUCUAUCUGCCGUUCGGUUUCCCCUUGGAUAUCCAGAGCGCGGGCGGUGACUUCAUCGAGGGUUACAAGGGCAGCGACAUUGCUAUUCUCAAGGUACCCAUGUCGCCAGCUGUGACCCAAGUCCAGGCUCGCAUCAUGACGCUCAGGUUCAACGACGUCCCCAUGCAGGCCUAUUCGGACAAGCACAGCCAGUUCUCGGGCUUCCUGGCAGACACGACCGCGCAGAAGAGCGUUACGUUCCAGCUGCACGGCACGGCUGAUGCCAAGGCGAAGACGGCUGCGGGCCUAGUCACAAUCAGCGACAUUCCGUUUAGCGUGCCGACGACGCUUGAUGGUCUGCAGAACCUGAAUGCGAAGCCAGUGGUGACGUCCGAUCUGGAUGUGGCACACGGCUACAAGAGCUACCUGCUAAUUACGCUCAAGGCCUCCAUGUACAACCCGUCGCACAUUACUAUUGGUACGGGCGAUGUUUCGUUUACUUUGCUCUUCCAAGGCCACAACAUCGGUACGGCACAGGUCAAGAACCUCAUUCUGCAUCCCGGUAUGAACGAGGUGGCGACAGACGUGCACUACUCGCCCCAGGGCUCUGCGAACAAGGCGGCUGGUCAAAAGAUGCUUGAGAACUACGUGCAAGGCAUCCAGUCGACGGCUGUCAUUCAGGGCUCGAGGGACACGACCCCGAUUGCAUCGCUGAAGCAGGCCCUGUCGGGUAUCACCCUUUCGACGCAAAUUCCGCCAUUGCAUCAGCUGCUGCUUAUCGAAACGCGUCUGGUGAUUCCCAAGAACAUUGCACAGACGUGCAUUGCACAGGCUACCUUCCAACUGCGCAACCCUUUCACUGCAUCGAUCAACCUGCUCAAGGUUAAUGCAAAGGCGAUGUAUCAAGGUAUCUACCUCGGUUCUAUCGACCAGACACUGAAUCCUCCGGUUAGCGCGCCUGGCCACACGACAAUUACGUCGCGUACGCUUCCGCUGAAGAUGGACCUGGACCCGAAGAACCUGAUUCGCUUUAUCGAGAAGGCGGCGGCGAACACGCAUACGGACCUUGGUCCGCUCACAGCACAGUUUGACAAGGUGAUGGCGAUGUCGAGUACCAAGACGACUGUGAAGCCAUACCCUGACGACAACCCGCCGAACUGCCACUCGGGCCAGCAGUUUGACGUGUUCGGUGCCGUGAUGAGCCUGCUGAAGGGUCUUGAGGUCUCGCUCGAGAUUGAGUCGCUGACGAAGCUGGACGACUACCAGACGCCGCUGAACAUUGUCCAACAACCAGUGCCGACGGACACGGACCGUACUGCGCUAUAUCUGAUUGGACCGGUGGGUGCGCCGAUUGUGCAGAACAUUGUGGAUCAGGCCACGUUGUCGUUCUCGGUUACGAACAUCACGAACGUGCGAGAUGAUGGUUUCGAUCUGAGUCUGCAGGGUCAGCUGCUGAACACGGGUCCGUUUGAUGCGCAGAUCGAGUUCCCUGAAGGUGUCGCGGUUACGUGGGAGGGUCAGAAUAUUGCACAGAUUUCGCUUCCGCCAAUCUGUGCAAAGGCGAAUGAGGGUGUACCGAACCUGCAGUCGCACGGAAAAUUGAAGAUCACGAAUCAAAAGGGCUUCACGAAGUUUGCUACGUAUAUUCUGCACAACCCCAGCUUUGUGUGGACGAUCCAUUCGGACAAGCUUCGUGUGCGUGCGCUGAACAUUAUCUUUAAUGAUGUGAAGAUCAGCAAGAAACUGAACUUCCAAGCGUUCAACAACUUACAUGGUGUGUCAAUUACGUCGUUCGACAUUCCUGGUGAAACUUCGAACGCGCUCAAAAUUGUGACGGGUUCAACAAUUCCCUCGCCUGCUUCGCUUGGUAUUGAACUGGAUACGACGAAUUUCAAGAUUUUCUUCAACGGUGUCUACCAGGGCCCUGUCCACUCGACGAACCUGUUCUUGGCGGCGAAGACGACUACAGCAGUAACUCUGAACGGCUUUAUCACUCAUCGUGAUAGCCAAAAGGCAGCGGACGUAACGGGUCAGCUGUUCUCGCAGUACCUGCAAGGAAAGAACAGCUCACUGGAGAUCAAGGGUGACAGCGUGGUAACCAAGGCGAAUGGCAACAAGCCUGUGGGAUGGCUGACAGCUGCGUUCAAGACGCUGACGUUGAAUGUGGUCCUUCCUGGUCAUAUCUACCAGGUCUUGUACGCUCUGACGAUCUCGGACGUGACUGCACACAUCAUGCAGCAAUCGGAUACUUGGGCGAUUCCUACAUCGUCGAAUCAGUCAAUUGCGACGUAUGCAAACCCACUGCACUUUAGUCUGACGCCGCUGAAGGCUGCAUUGAAUGCGACAGUCUCGUAUCAGAACCGUGUUUCUGCGCAGCUCAACGUGCCAAUGGUAAAGUGCAAGGCUGGUACAUCGCACAGUCCAAACGAUCGCCAGCCCCUGGAAGUUUCGUUCAAGGAUGUGCCGCUGGUUGCUUUAGAUCAUGCCAACUUCCAGAAUGCACUGCGUGGCGCUGCGAUCGAGCCGCGUGUCUCGCUGUAUCUCAAGGGUACGGCCUCGCUCGUGGCCCGCCUAGUGAUUGGUGACAUUCCGAUUUCUGGUGUGCCGUUCAACGUCACAACAAGCCUCAAGACGCUCGAUUCCCUACAGCACAAAGCGACUGUCCUCCAGAUUGAUGUCAUUAACGGUAGCCCCGAGUAUAUCGAGCCUGAGCGGAAUAUGGGUCGCCAGCAAAUUCCUCAGAAAAUCACCGCAGACAUCUACGGUUCGCCCAAUCUCCCUGUGCCUAUUUCUCCGUUCGAGUCGCUUAUUCCGGGUAUCAUGGCGCUGAAUAUCACCGCCCACGGAAAGGGUAUUGCCUCGCGCCCGCUGUAUCGCAUUGACGCUGUUUUUGAUAUCCUGACGCUGUUUGCAUCACCUGAUUUCCGUCCUUACAUUUACAUUUUCCUUACGUUCCAGAACGAUAUGAUGACAGAACUCGACUUUUUGGAAAUUCAAAAUGAAUCCAGAAUGGCUGGCAUUAUCGGCUCACUCCCCGUUAUCGGCAAGAAUUUGGAUGUAUACAACCAAGCCAAGGUUCGUCUAGGCGGACCGAAUGGCUACGUUAUUCCAGGCCUUCUUCUCAACGAGUACGAUGUUCCGGCAACCUAUGCUCUAGCCAUCGGCAUUCUUGGUAACCUUGGAAAGCUGAACCCCGAUGACCGCAGCAAGAUCACGACGGGCAUGAAGUCGAUUGGCACGCAAGACAAUGGUUUGCAGAAGAUCCCCAUUCUUUAA